AUGGCGGCAGUGGUGACGGCGGCUGCAGUGCGUGCCCGGAUCCUGCAGAUUUCUUCCAAGGUGAACUCUGCAUGGUAUCCAUCAUCUGCCUUUUCUUCGUCUUCAGUGCCAACUGUGAAGCUUUUCAUUGAUGGGAAAUUUGUUGAAUCCAAAAGUGACAAAUGGAUUGACAUCCACAACCCAGCCACCAAUGAGGUGAUUGGUCGGGUCCCUCAGGCCACCAAGGCCGAGAUGGAUGCAGCCAUCGCUUCUUGCAAACGCGCUUUCCCCUCGUGGGCAGACACAUCCGUGUUAAGCCGUCAGCAGGUCUUACUGCGCUAUCAACAACUUAUUAAAGAAAACUUGAAAGAAAUUGCCAGAUUAAUCACAAUGGAGCAAGGGAAGACCCUCGCUGAUGCUGAAGGAGAUGUAUUCCGAGGCCUUCAGGUUGUUGAGCAUGCCUGCAGUGUGACGUCCCUUCUGCUGGGAGAGACCAUGCCAUCCAUCACCAAAGACAUGGACCUUUAUUCCUACCGUCUGCCUCUGGGUGUGUGUGCGGGCAUCGCUCCGUUCAAUUUUCCAGCCAUGAUUCCCCUGUGGAUGUUUCCAAUGGCCAUGGUGUGUGGGAAUACUUUCCUAAUGAAGCCAUCAGAGCGGGUGCCUGGAGCAACUAUGCUUCUUGCUAAAUUGCUCCAGGAUUCUGGUGCCCCUGACGGAACACUGAAUAUCAUCCAUGGACAACAUGAAGCUGUAAAUUUCAUUUGUGAUCACCCGGACAUCAAAGCAAUCAGCUUUGUGGGAUCCAACCAGGCAGGAGAGUACAUCUUCGAGAGAGGCUCAAGACAUGGCAAGAGAGUUCAAGCCAAUAUGGGAGCCAAGAACCAUGGAGUUGUCAUGCCAGAUGCCAACAAAGAAAAUACCCUGAACCAGCUGGUCGGGGCUGCAUUUGGAGCUGCUGGUCAGCGCUGCAUGGCUCUUUCUACAGCAAUCCUUGUCGGAGAAGCCAAGAAGUGGCUGCCAGAACUCGUGGAGCGAGCCAAAAACCUGAGGGUCAAUGCAGGAGACCAGCCUGGAGCUGAUCUUGGCCCUCUGAUUACUCCCCAAGCCAAAGAGCGAGUCUGUAAUCUGAUUGACAGUGGAACCAAGGAGGGAGCUUCGAUCCUUCUUGAUGGACGAAACAUUAAAGUCAAAGGCUAUGAAAAUGGCAACUUUGUUGGGCCAACAAUCAUCUCAAAUGUUAAGCCAAAUAUGACCUGUUACAAAGAGGAGAUUUUUGGUCCAGUUCUUGUGGUGCUGGAGACAGACACACUGGAUGAAGCCAUCAAGAUUGUCAAUGACAACCCAUAUGGGAAUGGAACUGCCAUCUUCACCACCAAUGGCGCCACUGCUCGGAAAUACUCCCACCUGGUGGAUGUUGGACAGGUGGGUGUGAACGUCCCCAUCCCAGUGCCUCUGCCAAUGUUCUCAUUCACCGGCUCUCGAUCUUCCUUCAGAGGAGAUACUAAUUUCUAUGGCAAACAGGGCAUCCAGUUCUACACUCAGCUAAAGACCAUCACUUCUCAAUGGAAAGAAGAAGAUGCCACUCUUUCCUCACCUGCAGUGGUCAUGCCAACCAUGGGCCGUUAG